AUGUUCGAUAUCAUCUCCCCCGUCGCACUCCUCAGCCUCACAAUCUUGGUAGAACUUCUAGCGUUCAGAUACUUCAGGUCGUCUAGAAAAUUGUGCACACUGCCCCUCCCUCCCGGCCCGAAGCGUCUUCCAAUCCUUGGGAAUGCGCUCGAUAUUCCGCUCAACAAACAGUGGUUCACUUUCCAACGUUGGGCCGAAGAGUACGGCGAUGUCGUAUACCUAAACCUCCUAGGACAGUCCGUCGUCGUCCUGAACUCUGCACAAGCAAUCACAGACCUAUUGGACAAACGCUCAGCUAUCUACUCAGACCGCUUCAAGUCCACUGUCGUCCCUCUCAUUGGGUGGGACUGGAAUGUAGCUCUGAUGGGCUAUGGUCUUAAGUGGAGACAGACCAGGCGCGCGUUCCAUGAAUACUUCCACAGCGGCGUUGUCCAGCAGUACCAGCAUACGCAGCUGUCCGGGGCCCGCAAAUACUUGACACGUCUUCUGGCAAAUCCAGGCAACUUUGUUCAAGACUUACGGUACGAUCUUGGCGCUACCAUUCUCGAAGUCUCGUACGGCAUCAAAGCCAAAGACACCGGCGACGAAUAUAUUGCCAUCGGCGAACGGGCAGUGGAAGGGCCGACCAAGGCUCUGGUGCUCGGAGCUCUCUGGGUCGAGUUCAUCCCUGCACUGCGUCAUCUGCCUCCUUGGUGGCCAGGUGCGUCGUAUCUGAGGAAGGCUGGGACAUGGCGGGAGGAGGCACUGGCCCUGAAGAAUGUUCCUUUCACAAAAGCAAUGUCGGACUUCCGAGACGGCGCGGGAUUCUGGUCAAUCGCUAGCGAUAUCAUGGCACAAGACCACGGCCUUGGCGAUGCACUAGAGAAAGAAGAGUUAGCCAAAAACGUCGCCGCAGUCACCUAUGGAGCUGGCGCAGAUACUAGUUUCUCCACUCUCCAAACCUUCUUCCUCGCCAUGGCGCUCUAUCCGGAAGUGCAACGAAAGGCCCAGGCAGAGCUUGAAGCCGUCGUCGGCCCUCACCGGCUCCCCGAGUUCGACGACCAGAAGACAUUACCAUAUAUUCAUGGGAUCGUGAAGGAGUGUCUACGCUGGCAGAACGUCUUCACGCUCGGGCUUCCGCACCGCUUGAUGGAGGAAGACGAAUACAGGGGAUACCGCAUCCCCAGGGGUUCGAUUGUGCUCGGCAACAUCUGGGCAAUGUCUCGAAACGCAAAUGCGUUCCCAGAUCCGGAGGUGUUUAUUCCUGAACGUUACUUCAAGGAAGACAGGACGUGGAGUGCCGACGUCCCUGAUCCAUCUCUUUUUGCAUUCGGCUUUGGAAGGAGAGCGUGCCCGGGUCGUCAUUUUGCGAUCGCAACCAUCUACAUCUACGCAGCGUCCAUCCUGCACGCGUAUAGCAUCAGUCCCAAACGAGACCUCGACGGUAAGCCUAUUGAGAUCAAGGCCGAUAUGGUGUCGGGCGUUGUGACAUAUCCGGAGAAGUUCGAUUGUGAUAUCACACCUCGCUCUGCUGAUGCCAAGGCGUUGGUCGGUUUCUGUGAGACUGAGGGAGGAUCAAUGUGUUCUUAUUCAGACGAGGCAAACAUUUAG